CAGUCCAAAAACAUGCAUGUUAGGUGAAUUGGUGACACUAAAUUGACCCUAGUGUGUGGGUGUUUGUGUUUGCACUGCAAAGGACACCCUGUCCAGGGGUCUGUUUCUGCCUCCCACCCAAUACUGUCUGGGACUGGCUCCAGCCCCACCACACGUCAGUUUUGGAUUAAGUGCCAUAACACAUAACAGAAAACUACUUUUGGUGUGCUUUUCCUAACAUUAAAUCAACAUCUUCCUAAAUGUAUAAUCCAGGGUUGCAGUGCAGCUACAGCCUAACCAGGCAACCACAGGGUGCGAGGCAGGAACAACAGCUGGACGGACCCUCACCAAGAAAAGUGCAGCUUCAGGAAAUCAGAUGAAAUGAAACAUUGCAGUCUCAGUAUUUCCAAGAUACCCAACUACAGAGUUUUUUAUAUACAGUUUGCAGAAAACCCUGAAAACAUUUUAUGGUAUCAAUCACUACUUCCACACAUUCCCUUGCACCUUUCCAGUAUACUGCCCUGCGAUGGAUUGGCGCCCUGGCCAGGGUUUGUUCCCCACCUUGCACCCUAUGUUAGCUAGGACAGGCUCCAGCAGACCCCCUGCGACCCUGUUCAGGACAAAGCAGGUUCGCCGUCUUUGAAUUCUGAUUUUUCCUUAUCCUGUUAAUUUCCACUCUCAGUCACCCACUUGGGUUCGUAUUCUUUCCACGUUUAUCAGAUUUCUCCGUGAUGCACGAAUCCCCGAUUUUAUAUCAUAAACAAACAGCUUCCCACCCGUUCCCAUUUUGUCCCUCAGUUAAUCCAAAUCCUCACAGUUUAGUUGUCGGGCUCUCAGAUAUGCGUCAACAUUAAACCACAAGCCCCAAAUCCAAUAUGCGUAUUCAUGGACCGUUAUUCGCUUAUCUGGUAUCCAUUAUUAUUGUGUGAUCGUUAAAGAAAAAUAACAUUACAUGUGCGAAAUCAGAUCAGCCCAAAGUUUUCGGACGCGUAAUUCAAAGCCCGUUCCCUGUAUUCGUAUUCCUCGAGCAGCGCAGUCCCACAAUCCCUCUGUAACUCCAGGGUGGGCUCGCUACACAGUGAGCUUGUUUUGUUUCGUAUACGUGUUCGGAAGCUGGGCCUCAGAUAGCGAGAUUCUUGAAAUGAGAGCUUCAUUCAGACUCGCUGGACUUUCAUUAUAAUAGUAGCAGCGUGACAUCCGUACGAGGAGGAGGAGAAGGCGGUUCUGCAUACCGGCUCGCCACCCGAUCCCUUAGCCAGCUCGUCAGAGGGAGAGGGUCGCCGGGAAUUUCUUAACGGAAGUGAAGCUUCUUUUCCAGCAGUACCCGCUUGUCAUCAGAGGACCAGGCGCUAAACCGAGUGGAGGGGCAGCAGUGCAGUGAAGUGAAGUGCCGUGCAGAGCCGUCAGGUCACCGUAUAGGAGGAAAGCAGCCCCCGUCCGUUAGCGUGGUGCAGACAGACAGACAGACAGACGUACGCCUGGGUUACAAAGAUGUUGAUCUAAAGUGAAUGCAAUAGAUGGAUGCCAGAAGUUUUAUGUGCCACCAUCUUCUAUAGGAAAAUGGAACUUUCAGAAGAAAAUGUGGUGUGCUCCACUCUACUUUGCCAAGCUCUGUAAUCUAAGAAAGUUAUAAAACCUUAAACUGGGCUCAUUAGGAGACCUUCCAAAGACCAGGAAGAAACCCAAGUGGAUAUUUAGCCAUCACCCAGAAUACAGCCAUGGAUCUCUUGUCAAUCAGUAUUAAGAAAGAGAGCGACUUAGAGUAUGGAGAAUACAAAGAGGACGUUACUGAUCUGGAUAUUUCAGCUGCUAUUAAAGUCGAGAUUCCGAAUUUGCAGUCUGACGAGGAUGACAUCGCCACAAAUCAGGAUUCUGAAACCAAAGUAGAGUGUAUUGAUUGGAGAAUAGAGCCAGGAAAGAAGGAGCCUAGUCCCAUCAAAGAGAUUGUUCGUAAUGAUCUACCUGAACAAGAUGUUAAAGUCUGUAAUACUACAGAACGAAAAAUUAAAACAAUUAGUCGUCGUCAGAAUGGGGAUGCAAGCAACACUCAGACACCUCAAAUGAUAAUAGUGUCUGGUGAAAAACGAUAUAAAUGUUCUAGCUGUGGGAAGGCAUUCAGUCAUUUAUCUCGCCUGAAAACACACCUGAGGGUCCACACCGGAGAAAAACCGUACCGUUGCACUGAGUGUAGCAAAACCUUCGGCCAUUUAUCCCACUUAAAAAUACACCAGAGGAUUCACACGGGAGAAAAACCCUUCGGUUGUGCCGAAUGCAGCAAGACGUUUAGCCAGCUGAAUCACCUCAAAAGACAUCAGAGGAUUCAUAGCACUGAAAAAUCGUUUAAAUGUUCCGAGUGCGGUAAUAGUUUCCGGCGGUUAUUAACCCUUAAAAUACACCAAAGGAGCCACUUGGGAGAUAAGCCAUAUAUCUGUUCUGAAUGUGGGAAGUCCUUCAGUAAGUUUUCCAACCUUAAAACACACCUGAGAACUCACACAGGAGAGAAGCCCUACAGUUGUGUGGAGUGCUCAAAGACCUUUAGUCAAUUAAAUCACCUUAAAAGACACCGGAGAAUUCACACAGGAGAGAAACCGUAUAGUUGCGCCGAAUGUGGCAAUGUUUUUAGUAGGUCACUGACGCUUAAAAUGCACCAGAGGAUCCACACGGGAGAGAGGCCCUACGUGUGCUCUGAAUGUGGCAAGACCUUCAGUAAGGUGACCAACCUUCAGACCCAUCAGAGGAUUCACACUGGGGAGAAGCCGUAUAGUUGUAAAGAAUGUGGAAAGACCUUCAGCCAGUUAACUCACCUUAAAGCUCAUCGGUGGAUUCAUGUCGGAGAGAAACCAUACAACUGCCUUGAAUGUGGGAAGUCCUUCAGCCGGAUGUUGACCCUUAAAACUCACCAGAGAAUUCACACGGGAGAAAGGCCUUACGUUUGCCCCGACUGCGGCAAAACGUUUAGCGAAUUUACCAACCUUAAUACCCACUUGAGGAUUCAUACAGGUGAGAAGCCAUACAGUUGUGUUGAAUGUGGGAAAGGCUUCAGUCAGUCAGCCCACCUCAAAGCACAUCAGUGGGUUCACACGGGAGAGAAACCAUACCGCUGUACCGAGUGUGGGAAGUCGUUCAUUCACUUAUUAAGUCUUAAAAGACACCACAGCCGAUGCCACAUGAUCAUAGUGGACAAUAUGGAGGGAGAACUCUGCAUCGCGGAUUUCAAAAAUCGUUUCUCCUUCGCAAUCGAUCAAGCCGUGAAAGCUACUUCUCAUGAUAUCAUGUGCAAAAUGUUAGACUUCAUCAACGACUACUUUAUGGGUUUCCAGAUGAAAGACGAGAAAAACUAUGACCACUUCAAACGUAGAGAUGAAUUUAAGAACUGCGCGUGCCACAUGAUUGAGGAAGCAGUCAAGACAGUGCUGGAGAUCAUCAUGGCUAAGUUUGCAGACUUUAUGCUUAAGAGAUCUGCUGGAUCACAUCCCAAUAUGUCCGACACGGACGCGGAGCUGCAAAGGCUGCAGCUACAGAUCAAGAUCUCCAGCAGUGAACUGGGACCAGUGAGGGGACUGGCGCGGUACGCCGUCAGUGGAGAGCCGCGCUUUAGUACGAGAGGAACCACCGAGGACUCGAGAACGCUGGACACGCUUCACGUCCCGCAUUGGCCGCAGCUGGAGGCGAGGAUGGAUCCUGUGCACCCUGGAACUGGGAGCUGGGACCUGCCGCGAUUAAUCCCUGAUUGGGCGAGAAUCGGUGGGGUCUAUGCUGCAGAGACACCGGUGCUGGGUAAUCAAGAUGUUGAAUCCCACAUUUCAGAAGAUAUGGUUCCCAUCAAAAAAGAAGAUAUCUUUGAAGAGUGUUGUGCAAGUGCCCCAGCCAAUUUGGAAAAUGAUAUCUCUAGCUUCAAAGACAGUGAAGAGGGAGACACAAAAGCUAGAAUCGCAUCCCUGACAAACUGCAAUAUGGAGUGGAGGGCAGUGCACGUUAAAGAGGAACUCGGUGAUGAAGGGUCUGUGGUCAUUAAAGAGGAGGCCAGCUACAUUGACAUUUCUUCAAAUGUUAAGACAGAGGGCUCUGUUCUAAUCUCUACACCUGACGAUCCAAUUACUUCUGAUCAAGCUGUGGACACCCAGGUAAGAUGUGGCCUAGGUGGUCAAUACAUAGUGGAGGAGAGUAGCUGGUGCAAAAAGGAGGAUUUGAGAAAUGAGCUACAAGAUGAGACUAUGAAAAGAACUAAUGAAAACCAGAAUGAACACCUGACCUCUAUGCCAAAUGGCAAGGAGUUCAAGUACAGGUCUAAUAUGCAAAGACAGAGGAGGUCCCACUCUGUGAAAAGGCCACACAGCUGUACAGAAUGUGGGAAAACCUUUAUUCGUCUAGGUCAUUAUAAAACGCACAGGCGCAUUCACACGGGAGAAAAACCGUAUCGCUGCACCGAGUGUGGCAGGAUGUUCAGCCAACUGGCCAACCUCACGGCCCACCAGGCAGUCCACACCACGGAAAAGCCGUACAGUUGCAACGACUGUGAAAAAUCCUUCAGCCUACUCAGUAGUCUCAAGAUUCACCAGAGGAUUCACACAGGGGAGAAAACAUUUACUUGUGCGGAAUGUGGAAAAACCUUCAACCAGCUGUAUCACCUUAAAAUUCACCGGAGGACUCACACGGGGGAGAAGCCAUAUAGUUGUACCGAAUGUGACAAAACCUUCAGUCGCUUGGGCUAUUUUAAAACCCACCAGAGGAUUCACACGGGUGAGAAACCAUAUAGUUGCACCCAGUGUGGGAAGAUGUUCAGUCAGCUGUCCAACCUGAAAGCCCAUCAUUCGGUUCACAUACCAGACAAAGCAUACAGCUGCAACGAGUGUGGGAAAACCUUCCGCCAGCUAAGUACCCUGAAAACACACCACAAAUCCCACACAGAAGAGAACCCGUACAUUUGUACCGAAUGCGGAAAGACCUUCAAUAAUCCCAAAAGCCUUAAAACACAUCAGCGGAAUCACACCAGAGAGAAAUCUUACAGCUGUACUGAAUGCGGGAAGACCUUCAGUCACUUAAAGAGCCUUAAAGCCCACCAGAUGGUUCACACAGGAGAGAAUCCCUACAUCUGCGCCGAAUGUGGGAAGAGUUUUAUUCACCCAAGUAGUCUUAAGACGCACCAGAGGAUUCACACUGGGGAGAAGCCGUACACUUGUAAAGACUGCGGGAAGACCUUCCGUUGGCUCUUCAGCUUCAAGGAACACCAGAGAAUCCACACUGGGGAGAAGCCGUACAGUUGUAAGAAAUGUGAUAAGGCCUUCAGAUAUUUAGGAGACUUGAAAACUCAUCAGAGAGUUCACCUGGGAGAGACGAUCUCAGAAAGUAACCCAUUGUGAAAAAUGGUUCUCCCCUCUCGAGAAUGGAGCGUGUUGAGAAGGUUAUAUGUGAGUACCUCUUCCGCAUCACAGCAAAAUGGAAACUUAUUCGGUAUACGAUUGCACCAAGGUUACGUCAGUAAUAUGGUGGUGCAGAAUGUGGAGCUCCUCUGAAGAAGAUGAAUCUCACAGAUCAACCCCACUCCCUUCCAACUGACAUCUGCAAAUGCCGUCAAGUGGCUUUAGCUUUGCAGUAUUGUCAUUUUUAAAUAUUUGCACCAAAAAAAUUUGUUAGUAUUCAAAGAUGCUCAAACACGGCCUUAGAAACGAAUGUGCCAUGGCGUCUAAACAGGAGAAAAGGCUGUGGGGAACUGUAGUCCCAGAAUUCCAUGAGGAGAGCUUGCUUCCCUUAUGCCUUAGUACAAAUUCUAGAGUUCAUCUCUUUAAAUGGGCAAUAUUUUUCAGAACCAAAAAGUGCGUCCUCCUGGAAUUAACCCAUAUACAAAUCAUGCAGGGGUAGCAGGCAUCAUUGAGAGGCUCUUAUCACCGUGAGCUGUGGAAAAUGUUGGAUGCAGAUUUUCUCCAACCAAUGAUAUUGGGGUAUAAAAUCAAUUGUGACAACUUAAUUUAGGACUUACAAGAAGAACUGAACUGAUGCCAGUGGUCAACAGGAUGGUCUUAUAAUGCACCAUAAUGAUCAUUUUGUGAGACAAUUGUUUAGUAAAACUUCAGAAGUGCAUUGAAACUGACACACGUCCAGGUUAAAAUGAAAAUGACUCGAGGUAUCUUAUUUGUAGAAUGUAAGCGCUUUUGUGAGCAGGGUGGCGGCUUCUGGAGAGACUGCUUGAAGUGGAGCACACAGGAACAGCUCCAUAAAGCAAAGCACAAGGCUGCCGAGCCACUCAGAGACGCCUGCUGUGUACCACACACUUCUGAAGCCUAUGUUGUAUUUGGGAUGUUUGCAGCUUGUAAGGUGCAAUUUGGAAUCUGGAUGAUGACAACAAAAUGUUAUGAAAGGAGUCUAUUUGUGGAACCCAGAAAAGCAAGGCAGAUAUUUUGUAAUUGUAGCUGGUAAAAAAAGAUUAGAAGUUUACGGGCCUCCACUGGGUAAACGGUACAGGUAAACUAGAAAACGUGGUGUGACGAUCCGGGUCAGUUCCAGUCGGAGCCUCUUGAGCCGUCAAUGGUCAUAAACUGAGAUGAGCCGGGCAAAUGAGGACACACACUUACAGCAAGGGGUAGGUGCAAUAGGGGAAAAAGUGUUCCAUGUUUUUAUUAAAAGCAAUCAAAGACAAAGUGUUCGAAAAGUGUAGUGCAACAUCCAAUACGAAAAUAGUCAAUAAAUAAAUAAUCCAUAAAAAGCCGGUGAAAAUGUGUGGAGGUUAAAAUCCACCACAUAAAUAUAUUCCAUAAAAACAAGGUUAAAAAUCACUGGCAGUGGCAAGAAUUGGUCCUUUAAAAACUCACAAGCACUGGUGCAAUCUACUAUAACUGACGUCUCCUCCGCUUACCCCAAGGGGGAUCUUGCAGCGGAGGAGACGCCCAACUGACAGGCACAGCCAGUCCUCGAAAACCAGGCUCGGGUCCCUGCUGCUGUCAGAGGCCCCUGGCAGGAUGCCACUCCGAGUCUCACCUCACUCCUUCUGUCUCCCACUGCCAUUCCUUGGACUUAUAUAUAUAUAUUUAUAUUUAUACUUAUAAAUACAAAGAGGACUGUUUGAUUUAUGUUAGGUAGAUUGCC